UUGGAUACGAUCAUCAAAAUUGUGCGCGUUUUCGUUUUACUUCUGGAAUAGAAAGCUAGCCUUUGUUGUAUAUAGGAAAAAACAAUCAGUAAACAUGUGUUUCAAUCUAUUGUGUUAAUCUGCUCAUAGUCAUAUUCAAAAUUUUGGCUCUAGAAAUAAAAGACGUCUGAUCAAUCAAAGGUCGACAAUCGUUGCUGGCACGAACAUACCUAGAUUGAACGAUUGGAAGUUGAUCGUAGAUUGUAGCAUUGUGCUUGGAGGUGGGAUAGAUCACCAAGUCAUCUGCAAAUAUAAACCAAAUCGUUAUGGAUAAAGUAUAUAAAGAACUCGUAAAUUUAAACUACGUCGUAAUCGAGAAUGACGAAAAUGGGUUGGAAAAAUACUCAUUGGAACAGUGUAUAUCCAGUCACUUUGAUCAGUACGAGCAACCAGAAUAUCAUCUGAAUAUACCUCCGGUUGAUGCACAGGAUUUUCCAGAACUAUUUGCAAUCAACCAAAAUGAUUUGAAAGAACUUUAUUCGAACGACUUUGUAUUUGACAGUUCCGAAAUUGAAAUAUCGCCAUUGGAAACGACUUUGCUUGAGACACAUUCUACCGAGCUGCAAUAUGACGGUAUCACCCCCCCUAGCACACCGGACCUCCAGGAUGGCAAUAAUUGCGUUCAACUAAAUGUCAAAGACUCCCAAAACUAUAAUAAUACAUCGUAUUAUGAAUACGGACCGGUUUCUACGGAUGCUCUGAAUACAUAUGGUGUCUCACAUUACGCUCCGACGUUUUCUUCGUAUCCUACGCCAGAGCCAACAAAUUAUACCCAAUUUGACUACAAUGAACAAAAUUCUUUGCAACAUUAUCCAGUUCAAGCAAUUCCGACACCUGAACCAUCACCAGAAAUAGCGCUAUGUCCAGACGAAGUCAAACCCGCGAGUGUAUCUGAACAGGAUCCCGUUCCUGUCUCCCCUAAACGUCCGAGGUUCACCACGACAGCAAUCUGCUCCUUACCCACAGAAAACCGAAGUCGUAAACGUGGGAAAGCUCGUGUCCAAUAUGAUAAUCACUUUUACUGUGCGAUUUGUGAUCGAACAUUCGGUCGUAUCAGCGGCCUUAAGCAGCAUAACAAAUUCCGACACUCCGGGCCUCGAAAGUACCGAUGCACACAAUGUGGGAAGCGCUAUCAGUUUCCAGAGGAAUUGGAAGCACACGAGAAACGUCACAGUGCCCUGACGAAACCGUUUCCAUGUUCCAAGUGCCCGAAACAGUUUCACUAUCGGAUGGAUCUCGAGCGGCACUUCAGCUUAAAUCAUGGCGAGGUUCCGUUCCGCUGUUCCGAGUGCGGGAAAGGUUUCGCACGUGGCGAUCACCUAUCGGCCCAUAUGGUUAGCCACAGAAAUCAUACCGUGAAAGGGAUUAAGUAAACAUGGGGCCGGUCCCGAGCAUGAUGCUGUUUGUGAUCGCGUACCAAGUGCGCCCUGCAUGACUUAUAGCCACAGUGUUUCUAGUAUUAUUUUAGGAAAAAUGACUAAUGAA